GCGGAAACUGAAAGACGUGAUUUUCCGAUCGUAGAUUCGACUAUUGUAACAGGAGAUGCGAGAGGAUUUGGAAGCGUAGGGCUGCAAGUAGUUUCCCGGCCUCAGUUGGAGAAGGGCUCGACGGUGGAAAAGCUAGGGUUGACGGAAAGAGUUUUCUCCGCCGCCGGAGCUGCGUUUUUGUCAGCCGUUAUUCUAAAUCCUCUGGACGUCGUCAAGACUCGAUUGCAAGCUCAAGCUGCUGGAGUUUCUUACUCCCACCCACUCAGUGACGCCAUUGGUCGCAUGGCGUUCUUUGGACCAAACAUGAUGUUUACAGAUUUGAGAUGUUCUCCUUCAUGUUCACGCGCUGGUGUUCAUGGUACCGUCUCUAUUUGCCCGCCUGAUUGUUUCCAGUACAAAGGAACUUUUGAUGUCUUCACCAAGAUCAUACGACAGGAGGGCAUGGCACGCCUGUGGAGAGGGACUAAUGCUGGUCUUGCUCUAGCUGUGCCCAUGGUUGGAAUUUAUCUCCCUUUCUACGAUUUGUUCCGCAACCGUUUGGAAGAGUUAUCUCGGGAGAAUGCGCCUGCGACGACAAUAUUUGUGCCUCUUGCGGCAGGGUCUUUGGCACGGUCCCUAGCUUGUACAGUCUGCUAUCCAGUUGAACUUGCUAGAACACGUAUGCAGGCAUUCAAAGAAGCUAAAGCUGGUUUAAAGCCUCAGGGUGUUGUUAAAACACUGGUUGGCGUAGUCUCUGAAGUCAGGACAGCAAAUAACCUUCAAAAUAGUUUGCACAAUUAUCGUGUUCUCUGGAGAGGCUUGGGUGCACAGCUUGCCCGUGAUGUUCCAUUCUCAGCAAUCUGCUGGGCAACUCUCGAGCCAAUGAGAAGGAGGCUUCUUGGGAUUGUGGGCAACGAUACAAACGCUCUUGGUAUUCUCGGUGCAAACUUCUCCGCUGGUUUUGUAGCUGGAAGUAUCGCUGCUGCUACUACUUGUCCUUUUGACGUUGCAAAGACAAGAAGACAGAUAGAGAAGGACCCUAGUAGGGCAAUGAGAAUGACUACACGACAGACAUUAAUAGAGGUUUGGAGGGAUGGAGGGAUGAGAGGACUGUUCACGGGAAUGGGACCAAGGGUGGCUCGUGCAGGACCAUCGGUUGGGAUAGUGGUUUCCUUCUACGAAGUGGUCAAGUAUGUUCUGCAUCGCCAAUACGCUUCAUCAUGACCCCAACACAGUCACUAGACAAUCUUACACGUGAUUGUGGAUACGGCUUUAGGUUAUAGCAACUUUUGUAACAACAUAAUAAGUUAAAACAGGCUCAGUCCUCCACCAAUGACCAACCCUUGUUUUCUCACAUUUUGAGCCGGAAUUUUGUUCAGCUAAAAUACUGGUUUAAUCCAGUUUUCUUGGUUCG